AUGCAGCAAGUUCUUCUUCCUAUUCUUCCAGUGUUUUUUCAAAUUGUGGUAAAAAAGUUGAUUGACUUGUGGCGUGACCAUCUCGUCACCUCUACUGAAGACCAGGUGUCUGAUAGUAUUCACCACUAUUGUGACGAUGAGGAAAACAAUGAUGAAUCAGAAGAGAUUCUUGCUGAUAGGCUCUUGAGGGAUGUUACGCGCGUGUAUGCCGAUCUUUGGUUUGCGAUACUGAUGCCUUUUGCUGAAAAAAAUCCAAAACGAAAGGUCGAGGGGGGUUCUAUAACUGCAGGACAAGUGGAUCACCCAUCCAGUCCAGCUAAACUUGUCUUUCAAAACACGAACCUGGUCAUGUUUUUUUUUGCCAACGAGUCGCUCGUUCGAUCUUUUCUUGGAACAAUGUCUUUGCUCAUGGGUGUCAAAGACACAUUUGCGUGCAAACGGUCAUUGGCCAUGUGCAUGACUCUUACUUCGCAUUUAGUCAAAGACACUGCAUUUCAUGAGAUGGUGGGUAAAGAUUUUCUUGUUUCUGCGUUAGAGGUGUUACACGAUGGGUAUCAGCAAGUCAACCAUUCGGACGCGAUUGGGUUGAUUACAGAAAUAUAUAUGCAGCUUCAUAGUGUAUCUCGCAUACCCUUCAAUACUAUGGCCAGUAUUCCCGGCAUGACAAUUGAUGUUCUUCAGAGAUUUGAAGAGGAGCUGACGAGUAAACGUACUGUCAAGGAGCAGCAUGUGGUUGUACGAACAAUGCUGAAAUCAGUAACUGGUGUGGAAUUAUCGGAAAGAUUUAAAAAAGCGACCAUUUUUGUUUUGAAUCUAUCAGAAAAAAACAUGUUUGCAGCAGUCAAGUCGGAUACUCAUCAUGCAGACAUUAUUGAAAAGGAAACGAUUGAACCAGUGCUGUCUACCUUUUUUGAUCGACAUGAACAAUGAGUAGCAUCACGAUCGGACUUGCGUCAAUGAAACACUAAGAGUAUAAUAAACAGCCAGUCUUAUGAUGGUGUGUUUUAG